AUGAUCAGUAAUAAUAUAGAAAACGACACCGGAGACCUGGACCCCGAUCGAGCCGAUCGAGCCGUGUUUGAUUAUGGGGCACAGACUGAUACUCUGGAGGAAUUCUACUUUACCCAGUGGACGACUUCUGUCACUCCAAUUCUACCACCUGUCUUUGCCGACCUAACUGUGACCAUGCCCGACUUUUUGCCUUUAAGAUAUGCGGUCCUUGCAGUAUCGGCAUCGCACCUGGCCCAUGUUGAGUCUUCGAUACUUUCCGAAAACAACUCGACCUACAUUCCUGAACGAACCCAUCGAUACCGAAGCCUACAGUACUACGGAAGAGGAAUCCGCGAGCUCGCAAAAUAUGUCGAUGGUUUUCCGAAGGACACACUUUGUUACCUAGUUGCUACCUCACUUCUUUUCCAUUACAUCGAGAUGGAUUCCGGCUCAAUAGCUGGCGCGGUCGAACAUAUCGAGUCGAUCAAUAGGCUUCAUUGCUCUGCCCGGUCGCAAAUAGAGCUGGGAACAACCGAGCUUGACAAGAAAUUGCUUUGCACCUGGCAAAGCUUGCGGUCCUUAUCCAUCAACAAGCAGCUCACAGUUGGGUCCGGUCGCAUACGGCCUCUGGUAGCAAUCCAGCUCCAAGACCUGGCCUCUCCACUUGGGGAUGGCGCGACUUCGUACGAUUCUAUUGCGCAAUUGCUAUGUGAGACGUUUUCCACUACCCGAACCAUCAUCCUGGACUGGUGUGUGUGUCGCGGUAUCAGCCUAGCCACGGCAGACGAGAAGAAAGCAGCCUUUGAGGCCCUGGUCGAGCAUAUUGCUCUUCCCGGCGAGCGAAAUCGCUCGCCACGUCAAUUAGCCGACAUCGACGAGUCGUACUGUAGGGCAAUUGAGCAACAGCGUGCGCGUCUGGACGACUGGCACUCGCAACUUAAUAUAUCAGAUCUCCCCAUUGAGUCCUUCACUUCCACCUCUAUCGAGCCGGUUCGAUAUACAGAGGGGGAGUUGCACAUUGAACCGCUGCGGUUCCGCACCUACGAAGCAGCGAUGAACUAUGCAUACUAUGCCGCAGCGCAGUUCUCCAGCUCUCGACAGACCUUUGACCGAAUAACUCAACUUGAUGAAUUCGAGCUCUCUUCUAGGUUUACACGCGAUAGAUUCCCGUGGGAAAGCCUGAUUCUCCGGAUUACCCGCGGUCUCGAUCUGGAUGACUGUCUGUACAAACAUACAUUCAAAAUAGGAAUUCUGUCUUUGUUAAUGUUGUGUGCGUCUUUGUGUCCGCAUAUUGCAGUGGCGAAUUGGGCCAAUGCCUGGAUCGAAAAGUUGGAAGAUCACGGCAUGGCGGUCGAGGAUGGGAUGCCCUUGGCCUUGAUCAAGCGAAUUAUGCGCCUAAUCACGGUGAUGAAACAAGACGGUCAUGAUAUCUACAGGAUCUCCAUCAUGGAUAGCGACAUCAAGGAGAAGUGGGAGUUUUAUCGGAGCGAUAAUACUUUCCAAGUGGCCAUCUGUGCCAAGGAUCGAUUGAAGAGGGAGCUGUAUAACAAUGUGGUUUGCUUACCUAUUUAG